CCCGCUUCAGAUGGCGAGAAGUGCGGCCGGCCGCACUCUGUGUACGCUCCGCUCUCCGAGUCCGCAAGUCGAACGAGCCGAGUAAAGGCUCCGCGCGAGUGAACCCCGACCGCUGAACAGUCGACGCCGAGGGCGAGCGCUCGGCCGCCGCGACGCCGCCCUUGCCAUGCGCCGGCCCUGAGCCGCCAGCGCGACUCAUCAUGCCGCGCGUGAAGCCCGCCUGCGUCCGACGCGUCUCCAUCGGUGAAAGUUCGGGAUCCUGUUCGGAAGAGGAUAUUGGCCAUGCUCUACACGAUGAAGCACGUGGACGACCCGAGGCACAUAUGUGCCCUCGAUGUCAAGAACAAUUCGAAAAUCUACACGAUUUUUUGUAUCACAAGAGAGUUUGCGAUGAGAAAGCCAUGCAAAUGGGUGAAGAGAGGAUGCACUCCGACCCUGAGGAUAUGGUUGUAUCAGGAGAUGAAGAAAUGGAUGGACCUAAUAAGCGAUUAGAACAAGUAAGAAGGCAUCGACAAGAUGCAGAAAAUAAUAAUAGCCUCGACGAUGGUGAGGCAGAAGUACCUGAAGCUGACGUGCCUCCGGUGGGUCUUCCCUUUCCCGUGGCAGGUCACGUAACCUUAGAAGCUUUACAAAAUACAAAAGUUGCCGUGGCGCAAUUUGCUGCAACCGCAAUGGCUAAUAAUGCUAACAAUGAAGCCGCUUUACAUGAACUCGCCGUUCUACAAAGCACAUUGUUUACUCUGCAACACCAGCAAGUAUUUCAGCUGCAGUUAAUACGCCAACUUCAAAAUCAAUUAUCAUUAACUCGAAGAAAAGACGAUCAACCUGCCAGUCCGCCACCGUGUGAACCGGAACAAAAUGCGCCUUCAACACCGGCCCGAUCUCCGUCACCGCCGCGUCCGCCACGGGAGCCCUCUCCUGUCGAACCUGCUCCUCCAACUAGCCAAAACUUGCCCUCAACUCAUACACAUCUUACGCCUAAAUCAGAGCCUCUAUCUAUUCCGAAAAUUCCGACCUCAUCACCACCUAUGAUGUCACACCCACCUUAUAGUUCUAUAUCUUCCUCGUUAGCAUCUUCGAUCAUCACUAAUAACGAUCCUCCACCGUCCCUUAAUGAACCAAAUACACUAGAAAUGCUUCAAAAACGAGCACAAGAAGUACUCGACAAUGCGUCACAAGGUCUUCUAGCUAACAAUCUUGCCGAUGAACUAGCCUUCCGAAAAUCAGGAAAAAUGUCACCAUACGAUGGAAAAAGUGGGGGCCGCAACGAACCUUUCUUUAAACAUCGCUGUCGAUACUGUGGAAAAGUUUUUGGUAGUGACUCUGCACUUCAAAUCCAUAUUCGUUCUCACACAGGAGAGAGACCUUUUAAGUGCAACGUUUGUGGUUCUCGAUUUACGACUAAAGGAAAUCUCAAGGUACAUUUCCAAAGGCAUACUGCGAAAUUUCCUCACGUCAAGAUGAAUCCUAAUCCAGUACCCGAACAUUUGGACAAAUAUCACCCACCACUCUUAGCACAAUUAUCACCGGGACCGAUUCCAGGAAUGCCUCCUCAUCCACUACAGUUCCCUCCGGGUGCGCCAGCUCCUUUUCCUCCAAACUUGCCUUUAUACAGGCCGCCACACCAUGACUUACUGCCACCUCGCCCACUUGGUGAUAAACCACUACCACAUCAUCCACUAUUUGGCAUGCGAGAAGAACAAGACGUUCCGGCUGACCUUAGCAAACCUUCAAUUCCGAGCCCGCCUCGACCUUCGUCAGAAAUGUUUAAAUCUGAACCACAGGAUGAAGAAAGUCAACGAGAUUCUAGUUUUGAAGAGACUGAUCAUAUAUCGCCUAAGCGGGAACCCGAAGAAAAUGAUGGAGGGCAAGACGCUGAACAAGACCGAUACCCCUCAACAUCUCCGUAUGACGACUGCAGCAUGGACUCAAAAUACAGCAACGAAGAUCAAAUUGGCAGAGAAAGUCCGCACGUCAAGCCUGAUCCAGAUCAACCGGAGAAUUUAUCAAGUAAGAAUUCAUCGAUAUCUGGACCAAUUUCAAUAGCAACGGGACUACGUACUUUUCCUUCAUAUCCACUAUUUCCAAAUUCCCCACCAAGCAGCGUCUCAUCUGGAUGUCUUACACCUUUCCAAAGUAAUCCCAACAGCAUAAUUGACAGUGACAUAACUCGUGACCCUAUAUUUUAUAAUUCACUUUUACCGCGUCCUGGAAGUAACGACAACUCCUGGGAGAGUUUAAUUGAAAUUACUAAAACUUCAGAAACGUCAAAAUUACAACAGUUAGUAGAUAAUAUUGAUAACAAAGUUACUGAUCCCAACGAGUGUAUUGUAUGUCAUCGCGUCUUAUCUUGUAAAAGUGCUUUACAGAUGCACUACCGAACUCACACCGGGGAAAGACCAUUCAGGUGUAAAUUGUGCGGUCGUGCCUUUACUACGAAGGGCAAUUUAAAAACUCAUAUGGGUGUCCAUCGUAUAAAACCUCCCUCGCAAUUAUUACACCAAUGUCCUGUAUGCCAUAAGAAAUUUGCAGAAAUAUCGAUGUUACAUCAACAUAUCCGCCUUCACACGGGCGAACGAUGCACUCUACCUUACGAUCAAAACCAACUUUGUGAAACGAGCAAUAGUCAGACUUUUACCAAUGUGUCAGAAAUUACUGACUUCAAUUCUUACCACACCAUCCCUCCGCCAAUAUUCCCCACCCCGUCCACUCCCGGCGACCGAAGGGCGGACUCCCGCGGAACCGACGAUGAGAGCGGCCGGGACGAGCGCGAGCCCGCUUCUCGGGAGUUCGACGACGACCCAGAUAUAAAAGAUCGUCGAACUUCGCCGCUCUCCGUCUGCGCCUCGGCGUCCGAAUGCGAAGUAAAAACCAUCACCACAACGGCUUCCCUCCCAUCGGCGACAGGUUCGGAGAGCGGGCGGAGUGCGCGAGCCUCACCACCGUCGCCAUCACCGUCGGUGCUGUCGACGCCGCCACGGCUGCCACAACAUUCGCCGCUGCCUUCACCACCUACGCCCCUUGCUGCGCUCGGUGCUCUCGGUGGAUCACCCUUCAGCCCACUAGGACUUGCUUUCCCUCCCGCAGUGCGUGGCAACACAACGUGUACCAUCUGCUACAAGACGUUCGCCUGCAACUCCGCGUUGGAGAUCCACUAUCGCAGCCACACCAAAGAACGCCCUUUCAAGUGUACCGUCUGUGAUAGAGGCUUCUCGACAAAGAGCAGUGGCGGCGGUUGCCGGUGCGGUAGGCGCACGCGCGCACCCCGCCCGCCGCACGCCACUGCUUUGGACCUCUGGAACGCCUUCGUCUACCCGGGUAAUAUGAAGCAACACAUGCUAACGCACAAGAUUCGAGACAUGCCCCCUGGUUUCGAUAAAAGCGUGAGUGGUUCGACCGGACCGCCCAGCGAGGAAGGUCGCGAUCCCAGUCCGGACCGGCGAUCGUCACCCGAGAAAAUGGACCUAAAGCGAUCGCCGCCCGCGCACCCCCCACCGCCUUUAUCACACCCACCACCUAUCGACAUGCCUCCGCUACCCAAGAGACCUACGGUACCCGUUGCUCCGAGCCAUCCGCCGCCGUCGCAGUCCUCCAAGCACCUCUGCGGAGUAUGCCGUAAAAAUUUCUCCUCUUCCUCAGCGCUGCAAAUUCACAUGCGCACCCACACCGGCGACAAGCCAUUCCGAUGUGCAGUUUGCCAGAAAGCGUUUACAACCAAAGGCAACCUAAAGGUUCAUAUGGGCACACACAUGUGGAGCGGUGGUGCGUCCCGGCGCGGACGACGUAUGUCCCUGGAGCUGCCGCCACGACCGCUGCAUGAGCCCCACGAUCUUCUGCGACGCCCCGAUCUCUUCUACCCUUACCUGCCUGCGCCUUUCCUCAACGGCAUGCAACAAAAGCUGAACGAGAUAUCAGUCAUUCAGCAGAAUGCCGGACAGAACGGUGUAGCUGCUAAAUUCCCGGGUUUACUCGGCUUCGGGGCAUUCGGAGCGGGACGGCCGGGAGCCGCAUCGCCGCUCGAGAGGCCACCCUCGCUCGAGGGCGGAGACGAAAGGCAAGCAGCGAUGCGCGAACUCGCCGAAAGAGGACGCGAAUUGGCCGAACGCAGUCGACAAAUGCGCGAGGAGAGUGAACGGGAGCACUAUAGAGCUACAGGUGCGCUCCCGGCUCAUGCGCCUAAUGCGGCGCAGACGUCGCCGCCGACGCCGCACGCGCACCCGCACCCGCUGGCGUCGCUGCCGCCGCCCGCACGCACGGAGGGCCUCACCGUUUAAAGCCAUCGGUACCUAAAUUAGAGCAUCCGAACACAUUCCAUAAGACGAGUAGGACUCUCCGGCGCACCCGAUGCGGAGUCGUCGACGAGUCGCGGUCGACGUUACGAAUUUUAUACCAAUAUAUACUUAUUUUGUCCAGAAAACGCGGUACGUCAAAACAAUGAACAAUGUAAUUACGAAACGAGCGCCGUGCGAGAUCGAUGACGUAAUGUUUUGUGUUGAGUGUAGCGCUGUGUACCGAUUCAUUAUUACGCAUAGUAUUAUUUAGGUAAUAUAUAUGCAGUACGGGCCUGGGGCAAUCGGGGGCUCGUCGAGUCCCGAGUUUAUGUCAUUACUCUGUGAUAGUGCACGAUACUAGGCUGCAUCCGAAGGACCUGAGACAGUUUUCGAAUGAGUCAGCAAGGAGCAUUACUUUCUGGGAUGCAACCUAAUGUGCUAUGACAUCUAAAAUUAUUAUAAAUUAUCCCAAAAAUUAAUUAAAUUCAUAAAUCUAUAUAUGUUUAAUUGUAUAUAAAACUGUAUAAUAGUACUGUAAUGAACGAAUAGUUAAUAUUAUUAAUAGAAAUUAAAUUAAUUAUACUAUAUUUAUACUAUACUUGUAACUGAAGUGCGACGUGCAUUGCAUGAUUUUUUUUCUAAGUCACAUUCCAAUGUGAGGAGAUUCUUUAGAAAAUUACAUAGUUUUAACAAUCUUACGUAGUUAACAAACGUACGCUGCCAACUCCCGAGCAGACGUAAACCACGAGUCUCCUUAUGCAAAGAAUUUUUCCAAAUUGAACGAAAUAAAAUGUCACAGUAAAAUGGGUCGAGCCUCUGCAGCUCCAUGUACUCCACAUACUAUAUUUAAUAAUUGUAAUAGAGUUAAAUGACAUAUUCAUAUCAUGUAAAUUAAAAAAGUAUUUGCAUUUGAGGUCUACAUAGAUGUAAGUGUUUAGAGUCAUAGCUAUUAUAUUGCUUUAGAAUACUUCGACAUAUCUUUGUAAAGAGUGAGCGACUGCCGUUUGAAAUUUAUAAAGUCGAAAUACUUUUGUCAGUUCUACGGAUCAGACUGAGCCAUAACGCUGUUCCCGGUGUAACUUUUCUUUCCAAAUAUGCAUUUUUCGACGCUUUCGAUUAGUGAAUUGAUAAAUCGAGAUGUUACUAGACACGAUUAUGUUCGCUAGAAAUGGACGAUGUAUGUUUUAUAUUUCAACAUCAUGAAUGUGUAAAUGUCCUCCUAAAUUAUUUAUAUUAUUACAAAUCAUGCAUACACUCUUAGUAUUAAAGUGACGCUUGCGAGGCGAUAGGCCUCUGAACGGUUUAGUUGUAUAGAGUAAAUUCUCAUAGCACUACGAGUUAUAAUUUUCAAGUUGCAAAUAGUUCUAGAGUAGAAUUAGCCAUGAAUAUGAUGUGUCAUGUCCAUGUCAGUAUAAACAAUCAUUGUAAAUUAUUAAAUGUUUAUGUAAAUGUCC